AUGCUGAAGUCCUCCUACGAGCGCAUAGAAGAGGUGACCGCUAUUUGCGCCUCUGCCGCAGAGGACUUUGACAAUUUACCUCUCCCAGACCCCCUAGAGAAAGAGGGCCAGAAAGAGGACCUGGAAGAGGUUCAGUUAGGCGAACGGUUGAGUCCCCAGGAAAGGGCGCAGGCUCAUAGUCUAAUAAGGGAAAAAGGAACCACUUUUUCUAAUCUCCCCGGGUACACCCUGUUAGCCACCCACAGAGUAGAAACACCAGGGCAGACCCCUCUCCGCCAACCUCCUUACCGCAUACCUGAAUCCGUAAAGGAUAAUAUGCGCAAGGAAAUUGAAGAAAUGCUACAACUAGGAGUCAUAGAGCACUCUGAAAGCCCUUGGGCCUCCCCAGUAGUUCUGGUGCCGAAGCGUGAUGGGACUACCCGCUUCUGCGUAGACUACCGGAGGCUUAAUGAUGAGACCGUAUCCGAUGCCUACUCUAUGCCCCGGAUAGACGAGCUCCUGGACAAAAUGGCCAGGGGCCAAUACCUCACCACAAUAGAUCUUUGUAAGGGUUCUGAGGUGAAAGUGAAAGUACAGAGCGAGGCCGGAGCGGCGCCAUUACAGAUCAGGGUGGAGGCUCCUGGCCUCAGGGCUGAGGAGAACAUGUCGGAGCUCACAACCGUCCUCUACUCACUGCUAAUGGCAGUGCUGACUGCAGAUGGUCUGAUCGUCACGACGAAGGCGCCACUUAUCUCGGCCAUGAGAGAUGAGAAUGUGACAAUCCCCUGUGAGUUUUCAGACUUUAUUCCUGGGAGAGGUAUGAAUGUGCAGUGGAUGAAAUCACAGAAUGGAAAUAGGACUGAAGUGUUCCAGUAUAUACCCGGACGACCGCAGAUCUUCAGAGCCGGAUACUAUAUGGAGGAGGAGAGCGAAAUCCAGAGUGGAAAUGCCGCACUUCACAUCUCGCGGGUGCAGUUCAGUGACGAUGGAGAAUACAUCUGUACGGUUAUAGUGAUCCCGGACUACAACGAAGGGAAAAGCACUCUGGAGGUGUCGGCUGUGCCCUCGGCUGCCCUGAUACCCGGAGAUGCCAUCAGAGUGGAGCUGGGAAGCGAGAAAGUGGUGUCCUGUGACAUAAGCAACUUUUACCCUGAAGAUAUCACCAUUCGCUGGGUGCGACACGAGAAAGACUCUACAAAACGUGUUAUCCUGAACAAAGGAACCUGCACCGGGGACACCAUUACUAAUACCGAUGGGACGUUCAGUACUAGCAGUCAUCUGACCUUAUAUCCUACAAUGGGGGACGACGGCUACAAAUAUUCAUGUGUGGUGAAGCAUCGAUCUCUGCAGCAGGACCUGGUGAAGAACUUCACCCUGACAGUAACAGAGCGAGAAGAUAACUAUGGAGCAGUAGUGGCUGCCAUGAUCUGUACGAUACUUGGGAUGGCGGUUUUAUUAUCUGCUGGUUUUCUUUACUACCAAGUCAUCAAGAAAGAACCCCCCAGCGUUUCUGAGAUCACCGGCGGCGAGCCACUGAUUGACCUGAGCAGGACGACCCUGACCUGUCACAUUAUGAACUUCAAGCCUAAUGAUCUGGAGAUCUCUUUAUGUCUGAAGAGACGUGGAGGGGAGAUGAAGGAGGUCCACACCUGGAGGUCCAGAGACUUGACCCGAGUGGGGAUGGAUGAUGUGGAGCAGCAGAGGCUGAUGAAUGGGAACGUCAACCACACACAGAGGCCCCUAGAGCUGGACCUGAAGGCAGAUGUAAAACUCAACAGAUCCCGUCUUCUCCGCUGUAUUUCCUGGCGUAGACUUUCCACUUACAGCUGUCAGUGUUCUAUUCACAUCACCCCCAGCUUUGCUGAAGAUAACGGAGCAGAAUUCUCUGUACGUGUAUCACACCCGGCACUGACAGAACCAAGCUCUCAGCAGAGAACACUGCAGGUCAUCGGAGUUGCUCCGAGGCUAUUAAAGAUCUUCAGUCCACCAUAUAUGACGCAUGAGGUGCCGAUGAUGCUGGCUUGUCCCAUAAAUGGAUUUAAAUCAAAGACUUUGCACAUAACAUGGCUGAAGAAGGACAGGGAGGACCAGGAGACCGAAAUCGUAAGAUGGCCAUCUGAUGAUGGGGCCGACGUGAACGAUGAUGUCCAUAAUGUAAUAGAGAGUGAGCAUGACGACAAGUCCUACAGCAUUUUUAGUACCUUAAAGGUAAAACCAACUGUGACCUGCGACGAUGGAGUGAAAUACAUCUGUAGAACCUUCCACCCCGCGACAAGUCAAUCGGCAGAACAAGCACUGGUCAUGGCGGUCACAGCUGUUCCUGUGCUGGGUCCCAUACAGCAGACAAAGGGCGAGCUCCACGUGAUGGAGGAGAUGAAUCUGACCUGUAAGAUCCAUUCAUUUUACCCGGCACCUAUAGAGGUCACAUGGCGCACAGAAGAUGGACAGGUGCUGAACUCUACCCUCACCUACUCCCUCCCUGACCCGGCUGGUCUGUACCAGGUCACCAGCUCCAUGAGUUACUGCCCAACAUUGAAGGACCUGAAAAAGACAUUCACGUGUGAAGUGAGACAUGGAAGUACUGGAGUCACGAGAAAAACUACGUGGAAACUGGAAGAUCUGAUUUCGGAGCCCACGGUGUCUGAUAUUUCUUGUAUUCCCCCGUCUCCUGAGCCUGGUACUUCGGUGACCUUUUCCUGCGAUGUCAGUGACUUGUACUCUACGGACUUGACAGUUCUGUGGUUCAGAAACAAUCAAAAGAUGUCAGAAGAGAAGUGCAAAAAGACUUUUCAGCCGGAUCCAGAGUCUGGGACGUAUCGGGGAACCGUAGAAGUGAACUGUCUAGUAACUCCUGAUUUUUACGAGCAGGAGAUCCGUAUGGAGCUGAAUGACUCCAAACAGAUUAUCGAAAGAAAGUUUAGAUUCACCCUGGCAGGGUCCCCAGUCCUUAGUGACAUCACCAGCGAGCCCAGUGACGCCAGAUACGGCCAGCCUGUGACUCUGCGCUGCAAGGUGACCAACGCUAAACCGAAAGAUGUAGAGGUGAAGUGGUUAAAGAGCGAUAAACCCCUGGAGAGCGGACAAGGAGUAGCGAAGCAAAUCCCUGAGGAGGACGGGUCCGUAUCCUGCUCCCUGCAGAUCACUGCUACAGCCCUGGACUACGCCAAAGCUUACACCUGCUCUGUGAAGCCCAAGAACACGACAGCGACGCUCAAGAAGACCCAUUAUAUAAAGCUCCCGGAUAGAGCACCAAAGUUUUCAGACAUAAGUGUGCGGCCGGAGAGACCUGUCGCAGGGAAGGAAGCCACAUUCACAGCGACCAUAUCUGGAUUCACACCAGACAUUCGGGUGAAAUGGUAUAAAGAGUUCGACCCGUUUCCCAGCGACUUUGUCACCACAUCAGAUCCACAGAUUGGAAAGGACUCUCUAUGCACUUGUUCCAGCAGCCUGAGGUUCUCUCCCCAGGACAAUGACCAUGGGGCGUCCAUCCGCUGUGAGGUGACACAUUCUGUCACUAAGAAUUUAUAUGAGCAGCUGUGCACCCUGCGCCUCUCAGGAAGGACCUCGGAUGGACAUCUGCCUCUCGCCACACCACACUCAGGUUGUCAAGACCUCCUUCUGCUCCCUCAUCGCCCUCCCUCAUCAGGACAUCUAAAGCCUCCACUGAAAACCAAAGGCAUUCAGUGCCUGACGGAGAAUCCGCGGGUGGGAGGUGAAGUCACACUCACAUGUUAUGUUGAUGGAUGUGACGCAGAUCAUUCGGAGUUCUCCUGGAGGAAAGGAAUGUUUCCUAUCGACAGUGGCAUAGAGAACUGGACUCUAGAGGACGGAUCUGGCAGCUUUUCCACAGUCACCUUCACAGCCCAAGAGACAGACCGAGACUGCACAAUGAUCUGUGAGGUGAAUUAUAAUUUCCAGAUACAAGAGGAACAUUUCACACUGAAGCUUCAAUAAGGAUCUACAGGAAUCAAUGGGAGCGAGACUCAUCAAUGUCUACAGUCAUGGGGUAAAAGGAGCGAGACUCAUCAAUGUCCAUCAAUGUCUACAGUCUUGGGGUAAAAGGAGCGAGCAUAGACUCCUCGAUGUCUACAGUCCUGGGGUAAAUAGGAGCGAGCACAGACUCAUUGAUGUCUACAGUCCUGGGGUAAUAAGAGCGAGCACAGACUCAUUGAUGUCUACAGUCCUGGGAUAAUAAGAGCGAGCACAGACUCAUUGAUGUCUACAGUCCUGGGGUAAUAAGAGCGAGCACAGACUCAUCAAUGUCUACAGUCCUGGGAUAAUAAGAGCGAGCAUAGACUCAUUGAUGUCUACAGUCCUGGGGUAAUAAGAGCGAGCACAGACUCAUCAAUGUCUACAGUCAUGGGGUAAAUCAGAGCGAGCACAGACUCAUUGAUGUCUACAUUACUGGGGUAAUAGGAGCGAGCACAGACUCAUUGAUGUCUACAGUCCUGGGGUAAUAGGAGCGAGCACAGACUCAUUGACGGCUACAGCCCUGGGGUAAUAAGAGCGAGCAUAGUCUCAUUGAUGUCUACAGUCCUGGGGUAAUAGGAGCGAGCACAGACUCAUUGAUGUCUACAUCCUGUGGUAAUAGGAACGAGCACAGACUCAUUGAUGUCUACAGUCCUGGGGUAAUAAGAGCGAGCACAGACUCAUUGAUGUCUACAGUCCUGUGGUAAUAGGAACGAGCACAGACUCAUUGAUGUCUACAGUCCUGGGGUAAUAGGAGCGAGCACAGACUCAUUGAUGUCUACAGUCCUGGGGUAAUAGGAACGAGCACAGACUCAUUGAUGUCUACAGUCCUGUGGUAAUAGGAGCGAGCACAGACUCAUUGAUGACUACAGUCUUGAGGUAAAUAUGAGCGAGCGCAGACUCAUUGAUGUCUACAUUACUGGGGUAAUAGGAGCGAGCACAGACUCAUUGAUGUCUACAUCCUGUGGUAAUAGGAACGAGCACAGACUCAUUGAUGUCUACAGUCCUGGGGUAAUAGGAGCGAGCACAGACUCAUUGAUGUCUACAGUCCUGUGGUAAUAGGAACGAGCACAGACUCAUUGAUGUCUACAGUCCUGUGGUAAUAGGAACGAGCACAGACUCAUUGAUGUCUACAGUCCUGGGGUAAUAGGAGCGAGCACAGACUCAUUGAUGUCUACAGUCCUGGGGUAAUAGGAGCGAGCACAGACUCAUUGAUGUCUACAGUCCUGGGGUAAUAGGAGCGAGCACAGACUCAUUGAUGUCUACAGUCCUGGGGUAAUAGGAACGAGCACAGACUCAUUGAUGUCUACAUUACUGGGGUAAUAGGAGCGAGCACAGACUCAUUGAUGUCUACAGUCCUGGGGUAAUAGGAGCGAGCACAGACUCAUUGAUGUCUACAUUACUGGGGUAAUAGGAGCGAGCACAGACUCAUUGAUGUCUACAGUCCUGGGGUAAUAGGAGCGAGCACAGACUCAUUGAUGUCUACAGUCCUGGGGUAAUAGGAGCGAGCACAGACUCAUUGAUGUCUACAUUACUGGGGUAAUAGGAGCGAGCACAGACUCAUUGAUGUCUACAGUCCUGGGGUAAUAGGAGCGAGCACAGACUCAUUGAUGUCUACAGUCCUGUGGUAAUAGGAACGAGCACAGACUCAUUGAUGUCUACAGUCCUGGGGUAAUAGGAGCGAGCACAGACUCAUUGAUGCCUACAGUCCUGUGGUAAUAGGAACGAGCACAGACUCACUGAUGGCUACAGUCCUGGGGUAAUAGGAGCGAGCACAGACUCAUUGAUGUCUACAGUCCUGGGGUAAUAGGAGCGAGCACAGACUCAUUGAUGUCUACAGUCCUGUGGUAAUAGGAACGAGCACAGACUCAUUGAUGUCUACAGUCCUGGGGUAAUAGGAGCGAGCACAGACUCAUUGAUGUCUACAGUCCUGUGGUAAUAGGAACGAGCACAGACUCAUUGAUGUCUACAGUCCUGGGGUAAUAAGAGCGAGCACAGACUCAUUGAUGUCUACAGUCCUGGGGUAAUAAGAGCGAGCAUAGACUCAUUGAUGUCUACAGUCCUGGGGUAAUAGGAGCGAGCACAGAC